GUUUGCGUAUGAUUGGGAGCAUGCCUGUUGAUGCGAGGACACUCUUGCACGAAUUGACCAAGGAAGCCAGAGACCUGGACAUAGGGAACACGGUUGCGCGGGUCUCGGCUAGCCAAUUGACUUCUCUAGUAUUCUACAGAGACUUUGUCUCGAGAAAUAAGCCAGUUGUCAUUACAGGUGCAAUAGAUCAUUGGCCUGCUCUUCAGUCAUGGACCAUGAAUUAUAUUACGGAGAGAAUGGGAGAAGCCAAGAUAAGUGUCGCCAGGACACCUCAUGGACGUGCUGAUAGCGUGGUCAGACUGGAUGGAAGCCAGUACUUCGCCCUCCCUGAGGAGGAGCAAAUGCCCGUCCAAGAAUUCUUCACAAGUCUUUGCAGAGAGAACAGCGGUGAAGUUAUCUAUGCACAGGCGCAGAACAACAGCCUGCCAGAAGAAUUUGGGCCACUGCUAAAGGAAGUGGCAGAUCUAGAAUGGGCAACACUGGCAUUCGGCACCAAUCCAGAGGCCACAAACCUGUGGAUUGGCGGCGAUGACAGCAUGACAUCAUUCCACAAGGACCAUUAUGAGAACAUGUAUGCAGUGGUGAAGGGGCGGAAGGUCUUCACACUGCUGCCGCCCUCAGAUGCGUACAGGCUGUACUUCCAGACCUGCACAGUGGCGCAGUACAGGAGAAAUGCCACAGGCAAACUGCACUUGGAGCCAGAGGAACCCUCUCGGGGACUUCCUUGGGCCACUGUGGAUCCGUACCCACCCUCAGACGAGCAAAUGGAGGCGUCAAAAUUGGCGCAUCCUGAGUACUGGGACCCUGACCUGCCCCCACCCCUACAGGUCGUUGUGGGCCCUGGCGAGGUGCUGUAUCUUCCCAGUCUCUGGUUUCACCAUGUCAGGCAGGAGGCGCGCGCUGAUGUGUGUGUGAUAGCUGUCAACUUCUGGUACGAGAUGGCAUUUGAUUGCAAGGCGGCAUAUGCUAAGCUGGCAGAUCAACUGGCUGCAGAGCUUCAUUCAAAUAGCCAUGCCAAUUGA